UUUUAUUGAGUCACUUACAGUAGUAGUAGAAGUACUACUCUUCUUUAUUUUGGCAAACUAACAUUUGCAUUUGUUGACGUAUGGGCAGCAAAGAAGAGCGACAGCAUAAGUGCUGCCCGCUCACCGCGAGUAUGACAGAGCGCGUGAGCGACUUCCAAGGUCAGAGCUUCCACAAGCUCCGGCGGGCGUGCCUCCGUCGCGGCGCCCUCUUCAAGGACCCCGUCUUCCCCGCCGCCGCCCAGGCACUCUUCUACAAGAGUGCGCCGCCGCCAGGGGUGACCUGGAAGAGGCCCCGGGUGAGGAAGGGUCACUUUGGGGGGCCGGGCCCGUCGGCGAGGUUCACUGAACUGGGCGUCUCUCCGCCUCAGGAGAUCUGCAAGGACCCGCGUCUGUUCGUUGAUGGCAUCAGCACUCGUGACCUGCACCAAGGCAGUCUGGGUAACUGCUGGAUGGUGGCCGCCAUUUCCUGUCUGGCAUCUGAGCCCACACUGUGGAAAAAGGUCAUCCCCAACCACGUGGACCAGGAAUGGAACCCGAAGCGCCCAGACUCCUACGCGGGGAUCUUCCAUUUCCGCUUCUGGCGCUUCGGCCGCUGGACGGACGUGGUCGUGGACGACCUGCUCCCCGUGAGCGGGGACGGAGUUUUGCUCUUCUGUCGCUCGGCCACGCCCAGAGAGUUUUGGAGCGCCCUCCUGGAGAAGGCCUACGCCAAGGUAAACGGCUGCUACGAGGCCCUGGAGGGAGGAAACACUGCCGAGGCUCUGAUUGACUUCACCGGGGGCGUUUCGGAGCCCCUCAGCCUGAACCGUGAGACCCUGGGCCUGCACGGGGACCAGAGGAAGGCCCUCUUCCAGACGCUGGCCAAGGCCCACGAACGCAAAGCCCUCAUCACAUGUUCUAUUCGGCCGGCUGAAGGCGAGACGGCGGAGUCGGUGAUGGACUGCGGGCUGGUGCGGGGACACGCCUACGGGGUGACCGCGCUGAGGAAGGUGCGGCAGGGGGAGACGCUCCUGAAGGCAAGUGGAACAUCACGGCUCUUUUUGGUGCGCAUGAGGAACCCGUGGGGGACCACCGACUGGACGGGAGCCUGGAGUCAGCGAUCCCAGCAGUGGCAGCAGAUGAGCCGUGCAGAAAGGGAAAAGAUGGGACUUGUAGUUCGGGACGUCGGCGAGUUCUGGAUGGACUUUGAGGACUUCUGUCGCUACUUCACAGAUGUGGUCGUAUGCCGCCUGGUGGAGAGAGCUCCCCUGUGGCGCAGCUCCGGCUGGAGAGAGGUCCGCCGCUAUGGGGAGUGGGCUCCGGUGCCGCCCCACCCCAGCGGGCCUCCGUCGGCCGGAGGAAGGUCGGAGGCCGGGAGGAAGGUCGGAGGCCGGGAGGUCCACGUGGACAAGAGGAGCCGAUGCGGAGGAUGCAUCAACCACAAGGACACUUUCCUGCACAACCCGCAAUUUAUGUUUGAGGUCCGAGGCCACGAGGAGGAGGUGCUGAUGUGUCUGCAGCAGGAGGACCGGAGGAUCCGGAAGAAGGAUGGCGGAGGAGACAACCUGCCCAUCGGUUUUGAGGUACUUAAGUCAGAGGAGAACCGCUGUAGCCGGGUGCAGCGCGUGGUGGAGCAGGCGGCCAGCUCCGUCUACAUGGACUCUCGCAGCGUCACGCUGAAGGCCACGCUGGCGCCGGGCUGCUACGUGUUGCUGCCCACCACGUAUCUGCCGGGAGCCAGCGGACACUUCCUCGUGCGCCUCUUCUGCCAUUCACGUGUCCGGCUCAGGGAACUGAAGGACGACUUGCCGCCUCCCACCUUGUUCCAGUGCUUUUUACCUCAGCCCACCGUGGUGACCACAGUCCACCUACUGAGGGCCACAGGACUCUGCCCUCCCAAGCAGACGGCUCCAGAUGUCUAUGCCAUCAUCCGAUGCGAAAGCGCCACUGUUCGGUCUCAGGUGUUGAAAGCCGAAGGAAAUCCUGAAUUCCGCGUGAGGGCCAUCUUCUACAGGACAUAUCCCGAUGUGCACAUCUCCAUUGAGCUGUGGAGCAGAGGCCUGCUGUGGGACUCCAUCCUGGGCCAGGCACGACUCCACGCGACGGCGACCGAGCAGAAUCGAGACCACGCCGUGGCUCUGCGAGGUGGCCGCUCGGGUUCAGGGGGCCGCGUCCGCGUGGAGACGUCCUCCAGCGUCUGCCUGACGGACUUGUAGCCAUCUCGCAGCCUCGUCCGCGCGGCCGCCAUGGUAAUGAGAACCGCGCAGUCCUCUGGAGCAUUUUUCAUAUUGAAUAUUCCGAAAUGUGAGAGGUUCACACUAAAUGCCAAAUCCUUGAUCCUGCUGUACAUUGACUGUCCAACAAACUGUUGUUUUCUUUCCACGGGUCAUUAAACCAAGAUGUCCUCUAUAAAUAAACAAUAUUGUUACUCCGUG